AUGGAGCAUCCUGAUACUGUUGUAUAUAUGGCAUCCCCUCCGCCGGCGGCGGAGGAUCCUCAUCUUCAAGCGGCGAUGGAGGUUCCUAUCACAGCUUCGCUGGGGCCCAUGGGUCCUCUCCUCCGGAAACUCCAUUCCAUCAGUCCCGAACUGUGUCCGCCAGAUGAGAUCCGUCCUCUCAUGGCGUUAUUCAUCUCCAUGAAGGAUCUGUCGGAAGACGAGGAGGCUAGCUUCACCAGCCGGUGGUGGAUGAAAACAGUUCGGGAGCUUUGUUACGACACGGAGGAUCACCUGGACGAGUUCGUCGGUGCCGCCACCGGGGCUGAUCUCGAUUUUUCCGAACUACUUGCCCGUGCAAAGGAUGCAGGUGAAAGACGCCAACGUUUCCAGUGGUCUCCUCUCAAAACCAUCAAGCCAGCUGACCGGGGAGGAUCCGGUGUCAGCCGCCUCACCUCCCAUAGAUUCCCUGAGCUGCCGGUUCAGAUCUUCGGCCAUAGCAAGGCUGGUGUUGUGGAGCCCCUAAACAGGCUUGUCGAGCUGCUGGCUUUAGAUGACGAGGACAAGCAGACGCUCAAGGUGAUAUCCAUAACUGGAUGUGCAGGUGUUGGAAAGACAACAGUUGCCAGAACCUUGUUUCACAAUCAUGGGGGUAAAUUUCAGUGCGGCGCUUUUGUAAUUUUGUCUCGGAAUCCAGACAUGAGGGUGUUUCUCACCAACAUGCUCUCCCAACUUAAGGCACCAUUACCCCGUGGCUUUCCUGAUGUGCCCGACCUUAUUGAAGCUGUCAGUAAACAUCUCCAAGGCAAAAGGUACUUCAUCGUAGUUGAUGAUUUAUGGACAGCAUCAGUAUGGGAUAUUAUUAGUAGUGCUUUCCCUCAUGGUGAUCGUUCUUCCAGAAUAAUAACAACCACACAGAUUGAUGAGGUAGCACAGGCAAGCUGUCGUUAUGAGUCAAACUAUAUAUAUAAGAUGGAUCCUCUUAAUGAUGAUGAUUCUACAAAGCUAUUCGUCAGAUUGGUUGGCUCUAAAGAGGGCUGUCCAACAGAUAUCAAAGAAGUUCCAUACGAGAUUAUCAGGAAAUGUUGUGGUUUGCCAUUAGCAAUUGUAAAUAUGGCCAGUCUGUUCACAAGCGAAUCAAAAAUCCUAAUGGAAAAAUUGGAACACAUACAAGAUCCUUUGUCCUCCACUUCUGAAGGGAUGAAGGAUGUUCUAACGUUCAUCUACCACAGUCUUCCACCUCGUUUGAGAACAUGUUUGCUAUAUCUUAGCAUGUAUGCACAGGGCUACGUGAUCAAGAAGGAUGAGUUGGUGAAGCAGUGGGUAGCUGAAGGCUUUCUUAGUGCUGUGGGAGGGCGAGAGAUGGAAGAAAUUGCUGAGGGCUAUUUUGAUGAGUUUGUAAGCAGAGGAAUGGUCCAAGCCAUAGACACCAGUAAUAACGGUGAGGUGUUGUCAUGUACAGUUCACCAGAUGAUACUAGAUUUUAUUAGGCACAAAUCCCUGGACAAAAAUUUCGUCAUCACUGUGGACUAUUUUCAAUCAACUCUUGCGCUUUCUGACAAUGUUCGCCGAUUAUCCAUCCAGUUUAGUGGCGUAAAAAGUGCAUACAUACCAGAAAACAUUAUAACAUCCCAAGUUCGAUCUUUUAUAUUUUGGGGUUUCUUCAAGUGUGUGCCUUGCUUUACUGAUUGUAGACUUCUUCGAGUACUGAUUCUUCAUAUUUGGGCUGAUCGAGACAAGAAGAGUUUUGACCUCACCACAGUCGGGAAGCUAUUUCAGCUAAAGUAUCUCAAGAUUGAAUGUAAUAUCACUGUCAAGCUUCCAGGCAAGAUUCGAAGGCUGCAAUACUUGGAGACACUGCAAGUUGAUGCAAGAUUAUCUGCUGUUCCAUCAGAUAUCAUUCUUCUGCAGAGUAUGUUGUACCUCAGCCUUCCUAGUGAGGCUGAUCUGCCCAGUGGUAUUCGGGGCAUGACAUCUCUUCGCACUCUGGGGUAUUUUGAUCUCUGCAAUAACCCAGCUGAGAAUGUGAUGGACCUUGGCGAUCUUAUUAAUCUUCGGGAUCUUCAUCUCACUUGUGCCAAGUUACAUACUGAUAAUCUGGACAACAAUAUCGUAUGGCUGGGCUUGAUUCUCUAUAAACUAACGAGCCUCAAAUGUGUAACUUUGGCACCUGCAGUCUCGUAUCAUGUAAAUACUCUGAAUGACGCUGGUGCUUCAGGCAUGAGAAUUCGUUUUGAUGGCUUUCCUCCUGUUAGACAUCUGACUCUUCAGAGAUUCGAGUUGUCACGGCACUGUUGCAUCUUCUCCAGACUGCCUGUGUGGAUUAGAGAUCUUGUCAACCUCUGCAUUUUAAAGAUUGCAAUUGGGUGCCUGUCGUGUAUUCAUAUUGAUGUCCUGAAAGGACUGCCUGCUCUCACUGCUCUCACCCUAUAUAUCCAGGCGGCUCCUAAAGAAAAGAUCAUCAUCGACAAGGGGGGCUUCCACGUACUAACGUACUUCAAGUUCAUGUGUGCUGCGCCAUGCAUGUCCUUUGUGCCUGGACAAGGAGCAAUGCCCAAUGUCCAGAAGCUCAAGCUAGGCUUCAAUUCAAAUGAAUGGAGAUCAGAUACCUUUGAAACCGUUGGGUUCUGUAACUUGGCAGGACUUACAGAGGUAUCUGUAAAAUUAGGAGUUGGGGGUGGUAAACAAUUCGACAUAAAAGCUGCCGAGUCUGCAUUGAAGGCUGCAGUUAGUAAUCCCACAAACAGUCCUACAAUCAGAGUACAAUGUGUCGAUGUGAUUUUUUGCACCAAGGAGGAUAAGAGUACCGGGACUGUAGAAAAAGAGGAAGAGGGACAUGAGACGGAAGAAGACAAGGAAAAGAUCUCGGAACAUUCGGAGGACAGCAGGUUCGAAUUUACUUCUGAGACCAAACAUGUCGUUCGGCUAAUCUUCUAA